AAAUGAGGGGACAAAGAGGACGAAACGUCUGUGGACGAAUGCAGUGCACAAGCUACAAACGGAGAGGAGCAAGCGGCACAAAUUCGCUAACAUAGCAAUAGCCGUUCUUGAGAUGAAACGGCAAGAGAUGCUGGACGAAUCGCAGAGUCCGGUCGAGCAAAAACAAAGCGAACCGCAAGAACAGCCGAAGCAGAAUGGGAAUGAUGCACCAUCCCCUGAUGACUCGAACGAUGUUUAUCCGAGCUUGAAUUUUCAAAAGCACCAUCCAUCCAUUUUUCCUACAGACGAAGAUAGCUUUUCGGAAAUUAAAGCCGACUUAGCUACAGUUUUCAAGAAGGGGCUAAUGUACAAGGGGAUCUAUUGGCCGAGUUUAACGAACAGCUUUCAUUCCAAACAUUUAGAAUUAGCUUACCUACGAUAUUCUCAUAGACAACGACAAAAGUCUCUCAUUAUUGUCAACAUUGUUGAUCUGUUUCUUAAGGUAGCAUUGAUCUCUGUUUGGGCAUCUCAGGAUGUACUGAAAACCAAUUACACGCAGUCAAUAAUUUGGUCGGUGUGCUGUAUGUCUGCGAAUAUAGCAGUCUGCAUAUUGGGAUGGUGGCGAUGUUUCGCAAACAAUUAUUUACACUGGGCAGCAAUUUGCACGUGGCUCCUGCUGAACACACAAGGAUUUAUCGGAAACGGUCUCGGCUUCUCCAACAAAGAGGAAUUGGUGUGGUACAUACUGUUCACAGUGUUCGUUCCGUACGCAAUGCUUCCGUUACCACUUCGAUGGUGCAUGAUCUCCGGUUGCGUCUCAUCGAUCAGCCACAUCACGAUCACGGUCAUCAAAUUAAUCAAGGGCAGCAGCAACGUCGAUUACGUGAGCGAAUGCUGCAUAAGGAGGAUAAUAGCGAAUUCCUUGCUGUUCACGGCUGUGAACUUCGCCGGGAUGUAUACCAAAUACCUUACAGAUCGUAGUCAAAGGAAAGCCUUCUUGGAGACGCACCGCUCGAUGGAGACGCGAUAUCGUACCCAAAACGAGAACGAUAAACAGGAAAAGUUGCUUCUGUCAGUGCUUCCGGAUUUCGUUGCCAAAGAGAUGAUCAAAGAUAUCGCUCGAGAAGAAGAACGCGUCGGAACCUUUCAACCUAAUCAAUUUCACAAAAUUUACAUUCAUCGAUAUGAGAACGUCAGUAUCCUCUUUGCCGACAUCAAAGGAUUUACAGCUUUGGCGAGUCAAUGUAGCGCUCAGGAACUUGUGCGAAUUCUGAACGAUCUGUUUGCCCGAUUCGACAAGCUUGCAGCAGAAAAUAAUUGCCAGAGGAUAAAGUUGCUCGGAGAUUGCUACUACUGCGUUUCCGGUUUGCCAGAGCGCCGUUCCGACCAUGCCCAUUGUUGCGUAGAAAUGGGUCUACACAUGAUCAAAGCCAUCCGGGAUACGCGCACAAAAACCAAGGCUGAUUUGAAUAUGAGGAUUGGGAUACACUCUGGAUCUGUUUUAUGCGGUGUUCUUGGAUUGAGGAAAUGGCAAUUUGAUAUUUGGUCUUACGAUGUUCGCUUGGCGAACCACUUGGAAUCUGGAGGUGUACCUGGGCGUGUGCAUAUUUCGGAAGCUACUUUUCUAUGUUUAAAUGGGGCUUACGAAGUGGAGCAAGGGAACGGUCAAGACAGAGACAAUUACCUUCGUGAGCACGAUGUUAAAACAUACUUGAUUAAACAGGUUGAGCCCAUGAGAACCAGAAGACGCUUAGCAUCCAGGCCAAGUAUUUUUUCAAAUAAAUUAUGGCCGGACGACGAACAAAUCAGUUGCUUAAGCUCACCAAAGACACCCGUAAGUGUUCCAUCACCUCCAUCAAUAAUAACACGCGAGAGGAGCGACAGUGGUAUACAGCAAUCGACAGUAGAAGAGGAAAAUACCACAGAUUGGACUCCGGAAAUACCAUUCGAGAAUCUUGCACAUACUUUGUCUGGUGAUUUGGACGAAGACAUAGACUCUCUGAACUUUUCGUACAACAAGCAAAAGUAUGAAAUUUACAACGAGAAUAAGAAAGGAUCGAAUUAUCCUCUAAGUACAACAGAGCAAGUGGAUGAUAUAAUUGAUCAUAGCAUUGAAAUAGCGAGUAACAAGAGAAUGCGUAGCGCUAAUGUGAACCCUUGGUCGUUAAGAUUCAAAGAUAAAAAUAUGGAACGACAAUUCAGCCAAUUGCGCGAGGAUAUGUUUAAAUCAAACAUGCUGUGCUGUUUUAUAAUUUGGAUUUUUAUUGUAGCUUGUCAAUUAGCUAUUACGCCUGAGUAUACGCCGGUUGUAAUUGCAUGCCUCUCAGUGGCUACAAUACUUUUAGUAUCCACUUCGGUUUUAGUAAUGGCAGAGGAAUUCCAACAGUUCCCUACGUUCCUUCAAAGGAUUUCAUCGACUCUGGUACACAAUAGGCGAAGUAGAACGGCAUUCAUUUGCGGGGUAAUUGUUCUCAUGUCUUGUGCAAGCUCCGCCAGUUUAAUAUUCGGAUCGUCGUAUUUCCAAAACGAGAACGACUCAAAAUCAACAUUACAGCUGCAAACCAAUGGACCAAUAAUCAUAUCCGGCGUAAACUUUAUUAAAAACAAACAUGAAUCGGUGGAAACACAGGAAAUCGAUAUAAAUGUUUCGCUGAAAGCCACCAUCCACAAACAGAAUCAUAACAUCACCAUAGCGGAAGAUUGCAACAAAACGAACUGUUCAAAUAGUGUUGAUGUUAUAAAGCAGAUCAACAUAAGCGCGUUGAAUAAUAUAAUCACAGAUUUAUUGACGAACGUAACGAAUAGCGAUUUGGUGCAGAACUGUUCGAACGGCGAAUGCCAGCUGAUGCGAACUACAAGAGAUUUAGAGGGUAAAUUGAGCAAAUUCAUUACGGAGACUAACUUGAAUCAAGUAAAUAUUGAAAGGGUGAAUGCAAGUGUGAAGAGGAAUCUGAUGAUACGUGGAAAAGAUAAGGAAAAGGAAAUGGUAUAUGUGUGCAUGCACGCUGGAUAUAUCGUCUUCACAUGGGUGCUAUGUCUUAUUGCUUUGGCUACGGCCUUAAAACUUUAUUAUCUCAUCAAAACUUUCCUGGCUGUUGUUAUGGUGACUGUGUAUGCCGUCUUGAUUUUGGUCCCGUACAAAGAAGUUUUCAACUACAAGCUCGAAUUGAAUAACACAAAUCUAAUACCGCUCUCUGUCCAAAUGAUAAUCCUGCUGGCUGUAUUCUUCUUAAUGGUGGCUUAUCACGCGAGACUAGUGGAAGUUACUUCUAGAUUAGAUUUCUUGUGGAAGCAGCAGGCGGAAAGGGAGCUUGCUGAUAUGCAGGAGACGCGCCACAAUAACACACAGCUCCUGAAAAACAUUCUGCCCGAUCACGUCGCGCAGCAUUUCCUCUCGAACGAACGCAAUUGCGAUGAACUGUAUUCGCAGUAUCGCAACGAAGUCGGCGUUAUGUUUGCGAGCAUUCCAAAUUUCACGGACUUCUAUUCGGAAGAUAUUAACAAAGGGGUGGAAUGUAUAAGGCUGUUAAACGAAAUUAUAGCGGAUUUCGAUGAACUGUUGGAUGACGAACGAUUCAGUACAAUUGAGAAAAUAAAAACUGUAAGCGCUACGGCAACAUACAUGGCUGCAUCUGGACUGAAUCCAACUCACAAGGACUGUAUAAAUACCGAAAGUCCUGAACACUUGUGCGCUCUUAUCGAUUUCGCAUUGGCCAUGAAGCAGAAGUUGGAGGAAGUGAAUACGCACUCGUUCAACAAUUUCAAGUUGCGCAUCGGCGUGUCUUGCGGGCCUCUGGUCUGUGGUGUAAUUGGAGCGAGGAAGCCAGUUUUCGAUAUCUGGGGUGAUACUGUUAAUGAAGCCUCCAGGAUGGAUUCCACCGGAGUUAUUGGAAACAUCCAAGUGCCCAAGUAUACGGCUCAGAUACUUGGUAUGAGAGGGUAUGAAGUGAAUUAUCGAGGAUUCGUUGAUGUUAAGGGUAAAGGACAAAUGGAAACGUACUUCGUUGUAGGAAGAAAAACUGGAAGACCUCCGUGUUUCCAAAGACAGCCGAGUCAAUACAGCAGUUUAGCAGCCGUUGUUUAUGCAAUGGCGCAAACCAGAAGAAAGCACACGGGAAAUACACCUGGAAGUGCAGUACUGGGACGUGCAAGAACACAGCAAAGAUCUGACAAUCCAGGCCGUAAAUUAACGAAUUACAGCUCAAUGAGGAUCACGACGCGGAAUCCAAUAAACCCUGUCAGACGGAACACGACCCGUGCUCAUAACAGAAAUAUGCAUGCGAGAUCGCAGCCGAACAUGAGGCAAUUGGGUUCUGCAGGACAAUUGGACCAAGCUAAAAUCCCGAAAGUCGUUGAAAAAGACACCACCAUUUCCAUACCAAGGAUGACUGUCUCGCAUUCCGCACCGCAUACUCCAGUAUCAGCGCCGAACCACGAUCCUAUUUCCAACACCGUUCCUCGUCUUUUAUCCGAGCCGCUGGUCACGUUAAGGACAAUGAACCUUUCGGUAAAAUGCAAAUCCGUGUCGCAAUCCAACGACAAAAAUACAGAGAACGGCACGGAUCAAUUGAAAACCCCUGCGAAUCUAUCGGUACCAAAUCAAUCUCCUAAGAAUGCGAAUAAGAAAGAAACGAAAUUCUUUUUAAAAUCACCGCUGGUCAAGAGAGAUCAUUCAUUCAAACUGAAUACAGCCAAUGUUAAAGACGGCACAAUAGUGUAAAGUUCCAUUCGACAAAUUUUAUUGGAUAAUUUCAAUCAAUAUUAAGAAUGUCAAAGAAAUGAAUGAAUUGGGCUGUGUUUUCUUCUUAAAAUUAGUUAUUCAUCUAAUAUAUAUAUAUAAAGACUUUAGUGCAUAGACAUUUUGAGUUAAAGAUGUAAGAUAAAUGUGUCGAAUAUGUAUAGAUAUAAAAUUAAGCCUAAACUUAUAGCCAAUGAAUGUAUGUACUUAUUUAGUAAAUU